AUGAGCAGCGGAAACCCUAGAAAAUCCCUUUCACGAGGGAUAGAUUCAGGCGAGGUAGGGAUUGAUGAAUCCCCUAAAAUGCUAAGUCAGAUCUUGGGAGUCCCAGUGGCAAGAAAGAUUGAAUGGUCUGGAAAGAACAAAGCAGAGCAGAGCAAAGGGGAUCUAGGGUGGCAGGGUUUUAACCCUUCCAAAAUGAAGAAAGCAGGAGCCAAGCUAGAAUUUAUUGCGCCUAUUGAGCAAGAAGGGAAGAAGGUGGCCCAGAUGAAAUCGCCAGAUGUGAAAGCCGAAUCUGAGUAUUGGGAGCAAUCCCUCGUCAGUUUUGUAUUGGUGGCGAACCCUCCACUACCGGUGAUGAACCGUUUCUAUAGUAGUUUAUGGAAGAAUGAUGUUGACAAGCUCCGAAGUCUGUCAAGACAGCCGAAGAAGGUGCAAAAGGGAGAAGCAGUAGUAGUUGAAUCAGAGGAGGAUGAUCCAGUACAAGAAGUAGAGAAUUUCAUUCGCCAACAGCAUGUAGCUGAGGAGAACCAGCAACUGUUGGACAUCAAUCAAUCCACCUUUCAAGUGCUAGCUCUGGAUGAUGAAGCAGGUCCAAUUAAGACAGCAAUGGAAUCUCAAAUAGAAGUGGAUACUGAUAAGCCCCCUGAUCCAGCAUCCCCUGGGGAGAAUUUGUUUAUUAUGGAGGAAAGAUAG